AUGGAACCGGCCCGACAUGAAAGAGUAAAUUGGGCUUUCAUUUUUUUCAACUUACAACUGGGCCCCACCUGUCAUCCCGAUCUGCUCCAUCCCCUCCUCGACAUCGCUCUGCUCCCGGCCGCCAUCCGCGUCGCUGCUCCGUCCCGGCGCCGCUCCGCCCCCUGCCGUCGUCCUGUUCCCGUCCUCGACGUCGCUCCGCCCCCGGCCGCCAUCCGCGCUGCCGCUCCUUCACCGGCCGCGCUCCAUCCCGGCGCCGCUCCGCCCCCGGCCGUCGUCCCGAUCUGCUCCGCCAGCCUCCCCUGCCGCUUCCACCCGCUCCUGCUGCAGCUCGACGACGACGUCGCCGCGCUGCGCCUCGUCAUCGGCAAGCCCCCGCCUGCUCCCUCGACGACGACGACGAGGCGUACUCGUCGCGCGCCCCCGCCACGAACUGCUGCUGGUGCUAGUGCCUCUUGGCGGCGCACGCAGCGACCGCCGCCAGCAGGGGCGGUAGCCUCCAGCACCAGCAGGGGCGGUAGCCGCAGCAACCUCCGGCACCACCUCGCCCGCCCUCCUCCGCCCCGACUGCUGGUAGCCUCCCUCGCCGCUGCGCCCCGCCCUCCUUGCCCAUCAACAAGGAACCAGCUGUUGGAGGAGUUCCUCAAGAUGCAUCAAGAGAUCGAGGAUAAAUCGACACAUGAGCAGCUCCGAAACGAUCUCGGUGAGCAUUUGUGGGCGAUCCAUAGUUCUAGGUAGCUAUAAUUGGGAUUUGUAACUGUACUCUUUUCCUAUGGGCGAUCCAUAGUUCUAGGUAGCUAUAAUUGUUCAUUUGUGGUCUUUAAAAAAGUAUAAGCACUGCAUUGUGGUGAAUGAUCUGUAAUUCAGUACAUGUUUAUGUUUAAUGGACACCUCCUUGUGUUCAACUGAUGGUGGUUGAUUGUUUCUGCCUCAGCAUCAUUUCAUUCUAAUUCUGGAUUGUGUCAA